AUGGACUCUCGCUCUUCAUCACCAACAACACCUGAAUCUUCCGACGGUCAUCAUCCUGUUGCCCUACACCAUGACCAUAACCUAUCAACCUGGUAUAACUCAAUUCGUCCAAGGAAGACCUUUUCCGAGAUUGGCAUUUGGGACGAGUCUAUGCGUAGUGUCAUGAACAAACCUGACAACGAGAGGAUGCUUCAGCUUGACGACCUAAUAGAUGAGCAGGCCUAUGAAGAUUCUGCUUGUUCUGCUCCAGAAACUUCCCCUGUUCUACCUCAAGUCACUCCAGAUUGUUUGAAACCGGAUGAAAUUUACCCGACAGGCGACAGCUGUGUUUCUACUGCGCAAGCUCCUUUACCUGAGUCCGAAUAUGUUGUUCCCUCCCACAUGCAGAUGCAUUGUUCACCUGUAAUCCCUCCUCCUGCUGCGCAUUCACCUAAAAGGGAUUCAUCCACCGCUUCGCAUCGAGUCGUUUUUCCUCCACGAGAAUCUUGCUACAAUCUUCCUAUCCUUACCCCUAAUAUACCUAAGCACGGUACAAAGUCUCGUGUAGAGACUCAAGUGCGCGUUGCGUUGGACUUGGCGCAUGCUAGCUCAUCGUCAGGGGAACCGUACUUGUACGAUAGGGUCGGUUCAUGGAAAUGGCUAAAACUUUCGCCAGGGACUUUCACCAAGAAGCGCACUCGUCGGGAAGGGAAGAUAGACCCUUCUCCCUUGGAUAUGUUACACCUUACCACGACUGUGACGUGCGCUACAUCACCACACAAUCGCGUGCUAAGCUGCGGAAGUUGUAGAAACCGAGAGGCAAAGCGCGUGGCUAGGAAAAUCGCGGCCCGUGUCAGACCCGCCAGGUCUGGCUCAGAUACUCCAGAGGAUGGUAAUGAACGACUGAGAGGCAACAAGGAAGACACGACUAGCAUCGUUCAGUUCAACUGCCCCGAAGUCCUUGACUUCGAAACAGGGUCGGUCGUGCUGCCCGUCCGCAUCACGUGCUACUGCAGACAUCACCGCGAAAAGGUCGGGUUUCAUAUUCAUUUCACGAUGAUGGAUCAUACUGGACGCAUCGUCGGAUCGGGAACGACUCCUCCGAUUAUGAUUACUGAUGAUCACAAGUCGACAACCAAGUCAAAUUCUGCGUUCAAUCCCCUCACUGAAACUGAAGUCAACUGGUCCCAGAUAGCAGCGAGUGGAGAAUUAUCAGACAAGCGUGCACCCUCGAAGCGCAAGGCGGCGAACGUGAAAGGCCAGCCAAAGAAGCGAGCAAAACCAUAUGAUGCUACUAGUAGAAACAGCCCGGUAAAAUUUGUGAGAGAGGCUAGCUUCACACCGUCUCAGCCUUCUACAGUGCCUAGUUCCCGGUCUCCCACACCUUCUCGCCUUGUGCCUGCGCCGUCUUGCUCGUUAUCUCAAAUUGAAAAUGGCACCGUUCCUUCUGCAGCUAUGUUUGGUUAUCAAGCUCCGUAUCAUCGCCUCUCGUUUCCCCUGUAUCGCCGCCGAUCCCACAACUUAUUUCACAACCAACAUCUUUCCUUUUCUUCAACGCUAGAUCACCUUCUCUCGUUGCCCCACCUUACUCUCCCUAAAAUCCACCGCCUUAUACCCGCUUCUGGUCCCACACAUGGCGGCAUUGAAGUUACUGUCCUUGGCGAGAAUUUCCAUCAUGUUCUUCAACUGAACUGCGUCUUUGGAGAUGUUCCCGCAAGCUCUACGCAACGUUGGAGCGACAAUACCUUGGUCUGUAUCCUACCCCCUCGAGCCUCUCCGGGUAUCGUCGCUGUUUGGUUCGAAGGCUUCGACAAGACAAACGAUCCCUCGCUCCCUUCUCUAUUCACAUACACCGACGAGUCAGACAGGGCUCUGAUGGAACUGGCCCUACAGGUCGUUGGACUCAAAAUGACAGGCAAGAUCGAGGAUGCAAAGAACGUCGCCCGCCGUAUCGUCGGAAAUGCAGGAAACGAAGAGUCUCCGACAUCCUCAGACACCAACGACAUGAUGCACGUCGUUGCAUCUUCGUCUUAUCGCGAAAUACGACCACUGCUCUUCGUCCGGUCAGACGAAGGAGAAAACUUCGAGACCACGAUCGUCAAGCUUCUUUCCAUGAUAGAUAUAUCCGUUGAUAACCAGUCCAUUAUCGCCACGAGCACCGCAGUUUCGCACUCUACGCCUGAUGGGCAGACGCUUUUGCACCUCGCUUCGUUCUUGGGUUUCGCGGAGCUUACAAAAUUCUUGAUCGCGCAUGAUAUCGACGUGGACGCGCGCGAUAGGAAUGGUUGCACUGCUCUUCAUUUUGCUGUGUUGUCUCUAUCUAAACCUUGUAUGGAGUUGCUGGUGGCGGCUGGAGCGGACUUGGAGAUUGUGAACGGACUUGGUAAAACCCCAGAGGAUAUUGCCCCUGAAGGCUUCUUUGAUGAUAUCACCUCACGGCGUUCGCCCAGUGUCGAGACAGAAAGUCAAGAUGAGGAUGAUGGUGAGAGUCAGUGGGGUGACGUGGAGAGUGACGAGGGAGAACUCAUCGUCAAACGCCGACCAAUGCGUACUUUCCGUCGGCGCACAUUAGAUACCACGGAACAAACAAGCCCUGAAUCCCACACAGAGCAAACACCGGAACUACCCAGUAAAGACACAGAUACCGAGUUACCUCCUAAUGCAACGGACGAGAAACAAACAGCGUCUUUUGUGGAUAUGAUCCAGCGAACACUUGCGCAGCUGCAGCCUCAAGGUAUCAUACCAAACAUGCCUCAGCUUCCUCUUCCGCAUCUGCCUGAGAUGCCUGCUGUCCUUUGGGGCGCUCUUCCACAGAUUCCAAUGGUGUUCCCCAUCUUCGUCCCGAUAACGGGAUGGCCGUUUCUCGGUGACAAGCGGGAGGAACAGCAAGUCGAUGGGGAAGUGAGGGAUGCUACUCAUCCAGCAGCACGGGCGGCACAGGAACUAAAAGCAACCUGGGAGAAAUGGAUGGCUCUCGCUAUUGCUACUGCGACACUCCGUCCGGUGCCUGUUGAGGAAGCGCCUCCGAUGUAUACUCCACGAGAGACGCUCGAGAAGCAACCGGAGGAGCCUGUGGCUAGUACGUCGCGCACUGAGGAGUCCUCUGCUUUUGAUGCGGACGUACCUGCGCGUCUUACAGGCCCGAGCAGGCGCGUUGGUUAUGCUACAGCUACAGCUCCUGUGCCAGCUCAAGAAGUGGAGUCGUAUGGUUAUAGGCCUGUGAAUGAUGUUCAGAAAGCACAGCAUGGGCGCGACCGAAUGCUCGUCCUGUUCUGGCUUCCUAUUUUGCUGAUCUCUCUUCUUUGGGCUUUGCACCACAGUGUUCGUUUCGUUCUCCACGCUCUCAAGGCCACGCUUUCUCUCAAAACCGGUCUCCGUGCAUGAAUAUUCUAGACAUGUCAUAUGCGCACUUUCUUUACAAAAAAUCAUGUAUCUGACUGAGAUUGUCGAGGACCACGUUUGUACAGUAUUCGAACCAGUAUCAGUACUUAGACUUGACGUAGGAUUUCUGUUAAAUGACGCAUUUAUGCAUAUCCAGUAUUGUAAUGUGUAUCGGAGACAGCCCAAAUAUCAGUUUCUAUUUGCCUCUGUGCUCCUUGAAAGAUGCCUGGAUGCCCUUGCCGGCUUUAAUAUCGGCCAUACACUUAGCAUCAAUAUCUUGUCCCUUCUGAGCAAGCUCCACGACUUUGUCU